AUGGUAUCUAAGGGUAAACUCGGUGGGCUGACUCACGAACGUGGCAAAAAUUCCAAAAGAAGUGCAACUAGUGACAAAGAGACUUCAAGUGACAGAAAGCCUGAGGGAGUCAAAAAUGAUGGUGGUAACGAAUCAGCACAUGAGAGCACAAUCGAAUCAUCAGCUUCAGAGAGUGACGAAGAUUCUGAAGUUGAUGUAACCGAUUCCUCUGAUGAAGAGGAGGAUCAGUUCCCAUUGAAAAAGAAGUCGAAGAAGAGCAAGCAUGACGAUGGUUCCAAUGACUUUUCUGGAGCAGUUAACGCUAUUCUAUCAUCGCACUUGAAAGCUUACGACAGAAAUGAUCCUAUUAUGGCAAGAAACAAGAAGGUUCUGAAGCAAAAUGAAUCCGAUAAGCUUGAACAAAAAGCAAAAAAGGCUUUACUUGCAGAGAAAAAGAAGAAACUGGAGAAGGCAAGGAACAAGGAUGUAAUACCAAAGAUCACUGAUGAUGCGCAAUCCGGGGAGGAAAUUAGGAAAGUACUAGAAAGAGAGACGAGGCUAAGAAAAAUCGCCAGAAAGGGUGCGGUUAAACUUUUCAAUGCCAUCCUUUCCACUCAAGUCAAGACAGAGAAAGAUGCAAAGACUAAGUUUGGUGACAUUAAAAAUGUGCACGAAAGGGAGCAAUUAAUCACGGACGUAUCGAAAGAAAGAUUUCUUGAUAUGGUAAAGGCAGCCGGUGAGGAAGAUUAA